AUGAAACCGGGACACAUUUUGAAGGAUUGUCCAGACUUUUCCUGUCGAGACUGUGGUGAAAAGGGACAUUUUUCGAGGGAAUGUGAUGCCGUAAGAUGCCCGGAGUGUCGUAAAGUACUGGUGAAAUGUGAAUGCUGGAUAGAGGAGGAUGUUGAAACAGAUAAAGACUAUGAGCAAGUGGAUGAAAUGGAGAAAUCACAGGAUGUGGACGACGUAAAUGAGGAUAAACAAACAGAACAAACUGAGGAAGAAGAAGAGAAUCAAAUAGGAGAAGAUGCAGAGGAGGAACAGAAGUACUGUGAAAUGGAAAGAGAUAAAGAGGAAGAAGGACAUGGAAUACAAACGGAAAUCUUGAAACAAACAAGAGAGGAGGAAAAGGAAAGGCAGGAAAUGCAAAUGAUAGAGAAAGCAACGCCAGGAAGAAAAGAAGACAACAAAAAUGACUGGGAAAAGGUUACAAUAACAAGAAGAAGACAACUAAAG